AUAGUGAUCCUUAGCUUAGAUUUUAGGGCAGAAAAUUAUAAUGCAGCAUGGAAAUUGCUAUGCGACAGGUACGACAACAAACAAUUAUUGGUAAAUAAUCAUGUUCAAGCUCUUUUUAACAUAGACCCGAUUCACCGCGAGUCUUGUCAUGGUCUCCGACAAAUAGUCGACACUGCAAAUAAAAAUCUUAGAGCACUGGCUACCCUUGAUCAGCCAGUCGAUCAUUGGGAUACCUUAGUCAUUCAUAUAAUGUCGUCAAAGUUAGACAACAUUACUAGUAGAAAAUGGGAGGAGCAUAGGAACUCAUUGUCAGAACCUCCUUCGCUUGACAAUUUUCUGACAUUUUUGAGUAACAGGUGUAAUCUUCUUGAAACAUUAGAAGAAUCCAAAAAUAAUAAGUCGAAGGCUGAGCCGUCAGUCAGUAAACCGAAAAGUUUUGUAGCCUCUUCAAGUCAACAUGACAGUGCCAAAAAUCAUCUUAAACCCUGUCCUUUGUGUAACAAGACCCACUAUAUCUUUAAUUGUGACACCUUCAGAGCCUUGCCGGUUGACCAACGUUGGAAUAAGGCCAAGGAGUAUAAAGUGUGCCUUAAUUGUCUGCGCCCGGGACAUCAUGAGUCGAAAUGCAGUCUUAGUCAUUGUAAAUAUUGUAAGGUCAGACACAAUACGUUGUUGCACUCAUAAUGACACAAAUACCCCUACAGAACACGUAGCAUUGUCGGCAACCAAUCACGUCAUGGGUAAUGUAUCGCCACAUGUAUUUCUUUCCACAGCUCAGGUGAAGGUCAGUGACAGCAAGGGUCAGUUGCACACAGUGAGAAUCAUGCUGGAUAAUGGCAGCACAGCAAAUUACAUUUCGCAGAGUUUGACGAGUAGACUAUCAUUGCCGACACGCUCUAUUAUUUCUAAUACGUCUGGUUUAAACGAACAAGAGUCAAAAAGUGUACAGGCUUGCGCUCUUCAUAUGGAGUCUCGCGAUGGAACGUUUAAGACAGACAUUGAUUGUUAUAUAUUGCCAAAGGUCACACGACCCAUUCCUGACCAGUUUUUAAACGUGAAUGAAAUACCUAUUCCUUCAGGACUUUGUUUAGCUGACCCCUCUUAUUAUGAACCGUCUUCAAUUAAUCUUCUUGUCGGUGCCCAAAUCUUUUGGGCUAUACUUGGUUCAGGGCGUAUAGAUCUUGGAAAACAAAAUCCACUCCUUGUUGAAACUAAACUUGGCUGGCUUGUCGUAGGAGCUUUGUAUCAGCCAAGCCUUAAUAAACUUCAUAAUCCUGUUUGUUUCUUUCUUAAUGAUCAGCAAACGGGCAUAGAUCUUUCUCCAUUUUGGGAGCUUGACACAAUACCUUCAAAACAUAAUCUCACCGUAGACGAAAAUACAUGUGAGCAAAUCUUUACCACUACAACAAAACGUGAUGAAGAGGGACGCUUUGUGGUCACUAUGCCAUUGAAGGAGUCACCAGACGUAUUGGGAAGCUCGUUCGAACUGGCUAGACGCAGGUUCCUUUCCUUAGAGCGAAAGUUUGAUAGGGACCCUUUGUUUAGAGAGCGGUACGUUGACUUCAUUACUGAAUAUGAAACGUUAGGCCACAUGAGCGAAAGUUUUCAUGACACUUCGCGACAGUCAUAUUUUCUACCACAUCAUGGAAUUCUAAGGGAUUCUAGCAGCACUACCAAGCUGCGGGCGGUUUUUGACGCGUCUGCUGCCACCACGUCUGGAAAGUCCCUAAACGACAUCCAGCUAGUAGGUCCUAGGAUUCAAGAUGACUUAUUCUCUAUACUACUUAGAUUCCGUCAACAUAAGUUUGUGGUGUCUGCAGACAUAGAAAAAAUGUACCGACAAAUUUUAGUUGACGAGGAACAACGGUCUCUUCAAAAGAUUCUCUGGCGGGCUAACCCCUCGCAACCUAUAAAAAUUUACACACUUAAUACUGUGACUUAUGGUACAGCGUCGGCUCCUUACCUUAGCACACGCUGUCUUCUCCAGUUGGCACAGGAUUCUCUAGACAAGCAAACUCAAGAUGCAAUAUCAAAAGACUUUUACGUAGAUGACUUCCUGUCAGGGUCACACUCAAUUGCUGAUACCGUGUCUCUGUGUCAAAGGGUCACAGACACUCUUCGCUCAGCAAAAUUCAAUCUUCGAAAGUGGCAAUCUAAUAGCGAACAAAUUCUAAAGCAAAUCAAAAAUGAACCUUCUCUUAAUCAUACCGUAAACUUAAGCGAAAAAGAAUUAUCAAAAACACUUGGCAUUAGCUGGCAUUGUACUCAAGAUACUUUAACCUUUCAAAUAAACAUUUCAGUUCCUUCCGUAGUUACCAAACGCACUAUAUUGUCAGCCAUAGCACAGAUAUUCGAUCCUCUUGGUUUAGUUACACCUUGCAUUGUAGAAGCCAAAAUUUUAAUGCAAAAAUUGUGGGUAGACAAAAUGGAUUGGGAUCAGCCUCUUUCAGGCAGCUUACUUACAUCAUGGAACAAUUUUGCAAAAACAUUACCUAACCUAAAUAAUGUAAAUAUACCAAGAUGGAUAUUAUGUGAAUCAUUUGCUUCUAUUGAGUUUCAUAUUUUUACUGAUGCCUCAGAAAAGGCAUAUGGAGCGUGCCUUUAUGCCCGCUCCGUGGCCGGGGAUGGCUCUGUGUGUGUGCGUCUUCUGGCCUCCAAGAGCAAAAUUGCACCAAUUAAGGCCACGACUAUCCCUCGUCUUGAACUUUGUGCAGCAUUGUUGGGAACAAGACUGUGUACUAAAGUCCUGGAGUCACUGACCUUGAAACCAGAACGUUGCAUAUUUUGGUGCGACUCCAUGAUUGUCCUUGGAUGGUUAAAAUCUUCUCCAGCUCUUCUAAGGCCGUUCGUAAAAAACCGUAUCUCCGAGAUACAAGAUAGCUUUUAACAGGAAUGUUGGCGUUACGUUCCUUCUAAAGAAAAUUCAGCUGAUCUCGUGUCUCGGGGUCUUGAUGCGGAUCUUAUACAAACCUCGUCUUUAUGGUGGUCCGGGCCGUCUUUUUUAGCGUCAGAUUCUUCACAUUGGCCAACUACACCUGGCUCUGAAAGUGAAACCUCAUUACCAGAGAUCAUAACACAUAAAUCAUUCGUCAUUACUUCAUCCAAUUCAGAUGAUGCCAAUGCUAUUCAAACUUUGAUUAAUAAUCGCUCAGAUUAUGCAAAGAUUCAGCGGGUAAUUGCCUACAUUAAAAGAUUCACAUACAAUUGUCAGAAUGCUAGUAAUAAGAAACAGGGUUACCUUACCGCGUCUGAAUUAUCUGCUGCAUCUACUCUGAUCCUUCGCAUAUCUCAACAAACUGCCUUUCCUGAAGAUUAUGAAUUGCUCAAAUCAGGAAAGGAAUUACCAAAACAAAGCAGACUUAAAUCAUUGUCCCCAUUUUACGACGCUGGUCUUAUCAGAGUUGGCGGUCGACUACUUAAUUCCUUCUACGAUUACGGUGUUAAGCACCCCAUAAUUGUUUGUUGUAAACAACCUAUAAUAAGGCUUCUAGUUAGGAUGUUGCACCUCCGCGCUCUCCAUGCAGGUCCUCAGUUACUUAUGUCAGUUUUACGUCAAAAUUACUGGCCUCUUGGGGGACGCAACUUAGUAAAGCAUACAGUUCAACAAUGUAUCCGUUGCAUUAGGCUCAAGGCAGAAACGAUCCAACCUGUAAUGGGUAACUUACCAAAGGAGCGGUUACAUCUUGAAUUUCCAUUUAUUGAAACAGGCACUGAUUAUGCCGGACCUAUUUUGAUAGCCGAUCGCAAGGGUAGAGGCUGCAGACUUGUGAAAGCUUAUAUUUGUAUUUUCGUUUGCUUAGCAACACGGGCACUUCAUUUGGAGCUUGUCUCUGAUCUUACUAAAGAAGCUUUUAUUGCAGCGCUCGAUCGGUUUAUAGCUCGUCGAGGGAAGCCGAGAACCAUAUUCUCGGACAAUGGUACUACCUUUGUUGGCGCUGCCAACGAGCUCGCUAACGUGCUGAACCAAGAUUUAGCCAAGGAUAGGGCUGCUGAAGGUAUUAACUUCUCUUUUAUUCCCGCGUACACUCCUCAUUUUGGCGGCUUAUGGGAGUCUGCUGUUAAAUCGGUGAAGCAUCAUUUACGUAGAGUGUUAGGCCUUACGCAUCUCACCUUUGAAGAGAUGGCGACAUGCCUUAGUCAGGUCGAAGCAAUUUUAAAUUCACGACCUCUUACCCCCCUUUCCGACGACCCCUCUGACCUUACACCCCUUACUCCGUCACACUUUCUUAUUGGGAGAUCUCUUACGGCCGUACCACAUCGUCAAGUCUCCAGCCAGAACAUCUCAAGUCUCCAAAGGUUCCAGCGGAUAGAAGUUCUCAAACAGCACUUUUGGAAUCGUUUCUCAAGCGAGUACAUCUUCAGUCUUCAACAGAGGACAAAAUGGCGCAGUUCAAGAGGAAGGCUUGAAGUUGGCACUAUGGUAGUAGUGAAGGAGAACAACCAACCGCCUCUUAUGUGGUUAAUGGGCCGUAUCGUCAACGUGCUACCUGGAAAGGAUGGAGUGGCCAGAGUAGCAGACAUCAAGACCAAGAAGGGAAUCAUACGUCGAG